GGCACACAACCCUCAACACUCAGCACAGUCUUCUUUAGGCAGACAAACGUGUGAGACGUCUUAGCAAAUUGUGUUCCGUCGCUCAACGAAACGUAAACGCGGCUCUCUACUUCUACUUAUACUUUCCAUUGAUCACACGACGCCACCUAAAUACUCGUAAGAGUCUAUUAAGCGGUAAAUCAAAUUAAAAAAGUUCCACCCUCGUAACGUCGGAAAAAUGAGCUCACAUCACUGGGGUUACACCGCUGAAAAUGGUCCUGCACAUUGGGCCAAAGAAUUCCCGCAGGCUUCGGGACACAGGCAAUCGCCAGUCGAUAUCACUCCUUCGUCAGCAAAGAAGGGUAGUGAAUUAAAUGUCGCACCCCUUAAAUGGAGUUAUGUUCCUGAACAUACAGUCAGUCUUACAAAUCCAGGUUACUGCUGGAGAGUCGAUGUUAAGGGUCAGGAUUCCCUGCUGACUGGUGGACCAUUGGGCACAGAUCUCUAUAAAUUAGAGCAAUUCCACAGCCACUGGGGUUGUACCGAUGACAAGGGUUCGGAGCACACCGUUGACGGAGUCUCUUACGCCGGUGAAUUGCAUCUUGUGCACUGGAACACCACCAAAUAUGAGUCAUUCGCCAAGGCUGCAAGUGCACCUGAUGGCUUAGCUGUGUUGGGCGUCUUCUUCGAGGCCAGCGACAAUGCUCAUCCGGAAUUGGAGAAGAUCACUAACCUCUUGCCUUUCGUUGUACACAAAGGUGAUCGCGUCACUCUACCCGACGCCUGUGAUCCUAGCAAACUGUUGCCCACCACCACCUCUUAUUGGACCUACGAGGGCUCACUCACCACUCCACCAUGCUCCGAAUCGGUGAUUUGGAUUGUUUUCAAAACACCCAUUGAAGUGUCGCGCGAUCAAUUGGAUGCUAUGCGCAAUCUCAAUUGUUACGAUGUCAAGGACGAGUGUCCAUGCAAUGAAUUGAACGGCAAAGUCAUUAACAAUUUCCGUCCACCAUUGCCUUUGGGUAAUCGUGUAUUGCGCGAGAUCAGUGGACAUUAAACCAACACAUGCCUACAAACAAAUCACAUUCAAAAUAUGAAAGGAAAAUUAAAAAAACAAAACAAAAUACAAAAUUGAAACGCUUUAGUGGGUGCCUUAUCACGCUUACAUACUCGUACAUACAUAUGUUUAGUAGUAUUGUACUUUUUGUUGUUAUAUAAUUAAUUCAGCAAUAUGAAAUUGUUGGUAAUAAGUAAUUUAGUAAUUUUCUUUAGAUUUGAAAU